CUGUUCCACAAGCAGUGCAGUGCGCAUGUUCACUACAAGAUUAUUUUCUGUCGACCCACCCCUUUACCAGCUGAGUCACUGUAUUAGUAUCAGCCCUUGCUAGCUAGCUUGCUGUGUUACAAGCUCUCCUGUCUCCCUGUGCAAAAAUCGUACUGUCUCCUAACAACAAGAGGUCAAGAUGAGUCGAGGUGGCGUCUCCAGAGAUGAGUCCAAGAGCAUCUACCGCAUCCCCCCUUACUACUAUGUCCACGUUUUGGACCAGAACACCAACACCACCAAGAUGGAGGUUGGCCCUAAGACCUACAUUCGUCAGGACAACGAAAAGGUGAUUCUUGGCCCUGAGAAGAUGAUUGUUGUACCUCCUCGCCACUACUGCAUUGUGGAAAACCCGGCAGUCAAGGACAAGGACGGUCAGGUGGUCUUUGACACUCACGGACAAGUGAAGCUUCGUCAUGCCGACCAGGAGAUUCGUCUGGCCCAGGAUCCGUUCCCCCUUUACCCUGGGGAGAUACUCAAGCAGGUGGUGGCGCCUCUCAAGGUCGUUCAGGCCAACACGGCUCUCAGGAUCAGAUCUAUUCUUGACUUUGAGGAGGAAGACGGCACAAAGAGAGUGGCUGGGGACGAGUGGUUGUUUGAGGGACCAGGAACCUACCUGCCUAGGAAAGAGGUGGUCGUUGAGGAGACUAUUCGAGCCACGAUCAUCCGUCCCAACCAAGCCAUUCGUAUUCGUUCCCGGAAGGAAACGCUUGAUCGUGACGGUACCCCACGUGUAACUGGGGAGGAGUGGAUGGUGCGAAAGGUGGGGGCCUAUCUACCGGGUGCCUACGAGGAGGUGGUGGACACUGUGGACGCGUAUGUGCUUACAGAUAAGAAUGCUCUGCACAUGCGAGCCACUCGUACGUUCACUGACAAGUUGGGAGUGAAGCGUAAGAACGGAGAGGAAUGGCUCAUCAAGAUGGAGGACACAGAAGCACACAUCCCAGACGUCUAUGAGGAGGUUGUGGGUGUGGUCAAAAUCACCACCCUCAGCAACAGGCAGUACUGUGUGAUCGUAGACCCAGUGGGCCCUGAUGGGAAGCCUCAACUCGGACAGAAGAGACUAGUGAAAGGAGAGAAAUCUUUUUUCCUGCUGCCUGGGGAACGACUGGAAAAGGGUAUUCAGAAUGUGUAUGUACUGGGAGAAGAUGAAGGACUCAUUCUCAAGGCCAUCGAAGCUUUCAAAGAUACUGACACUGGAGCGGACCGAAUGCCUGGCGACCGUUGGAUGAUCCGUGGCCCCCUGGAGUAUGUACCCCCUGUGGAAGUGGAUGUAGUCACCAAACGCAAGGCCAUCCCAUUGGAUGAAAAUGAGGGUAUCUAUGUACGAGACAUCAAGACUGGAAAGGUGCGAGCUAUCUGUGGGUCCACGUACAUGCUCACCCAGGACGAGGAGCUCUGGGAGAAAGAACUGCCCCCAGGUGUGGAUGAGCUCAUCUCGGCCGACAAGGACCCUCUCGCUGACCGCAGUGACAGAUCUCGUUCUGGUGCCAACCUGAAGAGAGACAAGACCAAGGUGAUCAUCUAUAGAGUGCCUCAUAAUGCAGCCGUCCAGAUCUAUGACUACAAGCAAAAGAAAGCUCGUGUUGUGUUUGGCCCUGACAUGGUCAUGUUGAAACCUGAUGAGCAGUUCACUCAGCUCAGUCUCUCUGGAGGCAAACCCAAGAGACCCAACACUAUCAAGGCUUUGUGUCUGCUGCUCGGGCCAGACUUCUGCACCGACAUCAUCACCAUAGAGACCUCAGACCACGCUCGUCUGCAGCUACAGCUCUCUUACAACUGGCACUUCGAGACAGGAAAUGGUAAAGAGUCCUCCAAGAUCUUCUCUGUGCCUGACUUUGUGGGAGAUGCUUGCAAGGCCAUCGCCUCUCGUAUUCGUGGAGCCGUUGCAGGGGUCCAAUUUGACGACUUCCACAAGAACUCUGCCAAAAUCAUCCGUGCCUCUGUGUUUGGUCUGGAUGAGCGUGGAAAGGUCAAAGGUCGUUUUGUCUUCCCCUCCAACAGCCUAGUCAUCACGAGUAUUGACAUCCAGUCUGUGGAGCCCGUGGAUCAGAGGACAAGGGAUGCACUGCAGAAGUCUGUCCAGCUGGCCAUUGAGAUCACCACCAACUCUCAGGAGGCCACUGCCAGACAUGAGGCCGAGCGACUGGAGCAGAAGGCCAAGGGUGCUCUGGAGAGGCAGAAGAUCACUGACGAGGCUGAAGCAGAGAAAGCUCGCAAGGAACUGCUAGAGUUGCAGGCUGGCAGUGCUGCCGUGGAGUCCACUGGUCAAGCCAAGGCCGAGGCUCAAUCAAGAGCAGAGGCAUCAAAGAUCGAAGGAGAAGCUGCUGUGGAGCAGGCCAAACUCAAAUCUCAGGCCACCAAGAUUGAAGCUGAAUCUGAGCUAGAGCGUCUUACCAGUGCUCGUGAGGCUGAGACAAAGUAUGUCCGUGAACAGAAUGACUUAGAGAUCAGCAAGUCCAAAGAGAUGGCUGUCAUUGAGAGCAAGAAGUUCCAGGAGAUGGUGGACGCUAUUGGAGCCGACACAAUUGCAGCCAUUGCAACAGCCGGUCCUGAAAUGCAGGUGAAGAUGCUGCAAGGCCUGGGUCUCAAGUCCACGCUCAUCACUGAUGGCUCCAACCCCAUCAACCUCUUCAACACGGCCCAUGGUCUGUUAGGGGCUCUCGGAGCACCCUCCAGCGGGGAAGACGUCCCAGAGUGAUUGUCUUAGUUACAGAUAUUUAGAAUGAAACUCCGAGAUUGUUAGAAAUUUUGUCUAGCACCCAAUAGUGAACAAAAUUAUUUUGAGCCCUCUAGUAUUUUUAUUAAAGUGAACAUUUAA